CGUUUUUUUUUCUUGUAAAAUAGAAAUCAUAUCGGGAAUACCCAAAGAAGGGGCAAUACAUGAUAAGAUCUAGGUCAUAGACUUAUAUAUAUUUUUUAACACUACAAAAAAAUGUGAACAUUUUUUAGACAGUUGGAUCAAGGCGUUGUUUUUGUAAAGUAGUUAAAAGAAGGUUAACUCUCGAAGCCUUUCCCAUGAUUGGGUAUAGCUGGAAGGCAACAGGAGCUGGCGACCCUUCGGCAGUUGGCAGCAUCCAGUGCUACAUCCUGGAAGAACCUGUGACGCCGCAGACCCCAAACUUUAACGGUACUGCCGUUUCUUUGGAUACAUCAGCUGCGUGGAAAGGAAAGAACUGAUGUAUAGGCGACAUCGUUCCGACCACAGCUAAUGCCCAGGCAUUCAUCUCAUUUCCAUGAGAUGAUCCAUAGUCACUUCACGACUGAAGGAGGCCAUAGUAUGGUGAACAUAAAAGCCAGGAAUGUAAGAAGUUUCAUUCACGAGUUAUAUUUUUGGAAUCUUUUAGCAUCGAUCAUUCGCCACACGAUUAUCGUAAUAACGAAUUGUAUACUUGAUGAAAGCUUUUUUACCUUUACCUAUCCCUCAGUCUGUUGGAAUGUUGGGGCACCAUGCGAGAUAUGUGUUAUGAACAUAAAGAUAAGAGAGCCGAGAACCAUGUCUGUAUAGUAUGGCUUUAAUACACUGAAUGACUUCACAACACACAUUUCGUGAACACAUUCUCACGGACGAGUUACAAGCACAUGUAAACAUAAGAACGACAACCGAUACAGAAUAUAAUUUUCAUAACAUUCACCCCCGGUUCAAAUAAUGCUAACUAGUAUUAUCAACAAUGAAAGAAUUAAGUAAGUGUAGAAUAAUAAUAGAGAUUCAAGUAAAAAAACAAUGUAGAAUAGCAUGACAUAAUGUAACAUGUUGAUAUAAGUAAGUGUAAAUCAAAUAGCUUAUUAAAAUAUAUCAUGAUAGAUCAAAUAUCACAUUAAGUCAAGUCAACAAAACCAAAUGAAAGUAGUAAAAUAAACAAAUGUCAUUUUGGAGACAAAACUGAAUGUCAAAGUAAGAGCUCUAGUAAGCUGAUGAGCUUUUACACUUUGUAGUUGGGCCUAGUUCUCCUUACUCUAAGAUUGUAUGUAUGUAAAGUUUCAUCUGCUUGAGUUUCGGACGGUCUGGCUAUGUCUUCGGUGGUGCUGGUGGUUUCUUCAGGCAUGAUAGAAUCAGUCGGUUGAUUCCUGGGAGGUGAGCUUUGGACGGGGCAGCCAAUAUCAAGCUCUGUUCCACUCUGAUUCUCAUUUUCUAUAACUUUUUGUUCCUCCCUAGGGGCUAACAUUCGUAAUGAGACAGUUUCCUCUCGACCGUUUGGUGUUCGGAUAACGGCGUACUGAGGGUUGCAUGUUACCAAAUCAACUUCCUCUGUUAUGUGAUCGUAUUGUUACAAAUGAACAGUGAUAGGUAGAGGUCAACGUAUGACCCCGGCGAGAUGACACAGCAACUAGUGUUCCCUGGAAUCUACAUGUGCAAACAAAGACAGGAUGUGACGUGUCCACACGUGUUGUUCCAGGGGACGAACAGAUCUAAGUAGGGGGACAGUUACUAAUGAACAGUGACAGAUAAAGGUCACUACGUGUGACCCCGACUUGAUGACACUGCAUCGAGUGUUUUCUGGAAUCUACGUGUAUAAAUAGAGACAGGAUGUGACGUUUCCUCACGUGUUAUUUCAGAGGAUACUAGCCGUGUUUGUGCAACUUUGGACAAGCGAUUAGGGACUCUAUAUAAGCCAGAGAGUUAAUGUGAAAGUCAGUCGUAUGGAGUCGUGAGUGAGCCGUUACAGUCGAUACAGACGAUGUAAGACGUGUGCGGCUCUGUGGAAGAGAAAUGUGUACGACUCGAUGCAAGUUAACUAGGGUAGAGUUAACUGGAGUGGACUACUGUCGUUAAAGUCUAUACAGCGAACUACAGUGGACUUGAGCCGUUACAGUCGAUACAGUCGAUGUAAGACGUGUGCGGCUCUGAUUCGGUAGACUUGAGUGCGACUUGGUUCAGCUUUAGGAGACCUGGAGCGACACUGGGAAGUAUGUCGUUGGUCUGUUCUGUGGAAUACGGCUCGAUGCAAGUUGACAAGAGAUGAAUUGCAACGAAGUGAAGAGAUGAAUUGCAACGAAGUAUAGCUAACUGUAAACUGACAGAUAUUGUACAGUCUUCUACGCUACAUGUUACAUUGACGAAUUGUUAGGGUUAAUAGUCAUUAAAGUUAUAUGAAACUGAAAGUUGAGUCGUCAAGUUCUUUGCAGUGUUUUUAUUUGUGUGCCAACUAAUACAUCUAGCCAGAAGAUUCAGAAAUACGUAACAAUUGGUGUCAGAAGUGGGAUCUUUCUGGCUAGAAUGUGUUCCAUCAAACUUCUUAAUGAACUUGACAUGAAAGAACUUAGACAAGAGCUUCGAGAAAGAGGUCUACAGCUUAACGGAAAUAAGGAAACGCUAACAGCACGUCUCAGACAAGCCCUGUUGGAGGAAGAUGAGAAUCCAGACACUUGCCAAUUUGAAAUCAAACCUAAUACGAUGGAGCUCCUGAGAACUUUGCAAUACAAAAUGAACUCGGUGAAAGAGAGCAUUAAGGAGAUAGAAUCAGAAAUCAACACUAGAUUUUCUUCAUUUAACCAGUUGAUUAAAGUCAUGAAUGAGAAUGAACAAAUAGCUACCACGCCCAACAAGACUGAAGAACAAACAGAUACAAUAAAAGAUCAAACGAGAAUCAUGAUGAACGAGCUACUGAACACUCAGCAGUAUCAGAUUGAGUCGACAGAUGAAAGAACUACACCAUUGAUGAACAGCGAACAAUUGUCCAACCAAGAAUGUGGCGAUACAGACAAUUACGAUAGGGAUGCUGGUGAUGGUUGUGCUGUCUGUGACUGUGAUAGCAAACCAAACGUAUGUGGCCCACAAGAAAUGAAAAGAGACGAUAGCUGUUAUUGUUUCAACGAGAAGCAGAAUGAGACCGCUGAAGAAACAAUAGAAGAGACCUAUAGUUUGACCGAAGCUUUAGCUAUAGAUAUACCUGAUAUGAGUACCUCAACUAGCCAAACAGAUCAAGACAACGUUGGGUCUGCGUCCAAGCCUGUUGCUGUGGGCCUUAAAGACUUCUGUCUAUCUGCCAGUGUCUACGAGAGGAACUCGAAGCUUGAUUAUUGCACUCAUGCGUUUGACAAGAACUGUACGUACGUGGCUAUGCAAGAAGACUGUGAAUGCCAAGAAAUACACCAACAAGCUCUAGACUUAACAGAAGCUUGUACAGCUAUCAAGGUAGGCGCGAGAAGCCCUAGUGAUAGUCAAGGAAUUACAAUAGAAACUGAUGCUGAAGUUGAUGGACCUUUGCACGUUGAAUGUUAUCAACCUGCCCCACAGUCGAGUCCUCCAGACUCGGAUGAAGGUGGUGACGUGUUUGACAACUUGCCUUCAAGUGGACUUGCAGCUCAUUCGCAAAGCACCCAUCAAAGAAUAAUGCUGAAGCAACUUGUUAGAUCAACAGUCUUGAUGACUACAGCUAUGAAAUACAAUGCCUUCCUAUGUGCUAAGUCGCUGCCAUCAGCAUUGAUCGACAGGAAAGCAAGACAACGACAACGACAUCAACGCAACCAAAGAAAUAUCAAAUUGAGGAGGCGGAGAAAGCGACAUAUGCAGAGUGCAACGUGGAUGGCUCCAACAAGAUCAAGAUACAAACCCACCCCUUCUCCCACUGAUAGACCCCCACCUGCAUUUAUGAAACUCCAUAGCCCAUGUUGUUAGAAAACAAGCCCACCACUUCUCCCACUGAUAGACCCCCACCUGCACUGAUGAAACUCCACAGCCCAUGUUUUUAGAAAGAUUCUGUCCGGAACCAUCAGACCAAAGAAGAAAGCCUUACUAUCAGUUGAAAGUGUGAAGCCACUAAAGAAUAAUCUAAGAACAUUCCUCAUGAGAAUAGGUUGAUGAAGUAUAACAGAGGUUUUAGAAGAACGCUAAUUAAGUCAGAAGCAAGAAGGACAGAAAAGAAGUAGUUUAAGAUGUCAGAACUGUAGUGAGUAACCAUCUGUGACAGAACUGUACAAGAAGAUCAACCCUACAGACAUCGUACAAACCCAAGUCAGUUGCUGUUGUUUAAUAGAGCAUGUGAAUAUUGAUGCACUGUAAUGAACCUGAUCAUCUCUGAAGAAGCUCUGGAAAAAGAUGCUUGAAAAUGUAAAACUCAGCCAGUGAAGCACGAAAUCGUUAGAAUGCUGAUAAAUUUUCUCGACAAGAGUGCCCAAUGUCGUCAUCUGAAGGUCGAUGUUUCCAUACCAAGAUUGAUGAAAACAUUUGUGAGGAACUGUUGAAAAAAAUGAGGAUUUGGCUCCCAUUCUUCUAUGGAAAGAAGAUGGACAACUGCCAGAUUGAAAGAACAUCUCUGAGAAGGGAGCAACCACCAAAGCUUCCUACUUGAUCGUCGAUCGAUUUCAUCAGUAUCGUGAUGAAGUAGAAUCUGUUCGGGACGAACAGAUCUAAGAAGGGGGCAGUGUUACAAAUGAACAGUGAUAGGUAGAGGUCAACGUAUGACCCCGGCGAGAUGACACAGCAACUAGUGUUCCCUGGAAUCUACAUGUGCAAACAAAGACAGGAUGUGACGUGUCCACACGUGUUGUUCCAGGGGACGAACAGAUCUAAGUAGGGGGACAGUUACUAAUGAACAGUGACAGAUAAAGGUCACUACGUGUGACCCCGACUUGAUGACACUGCAUCGAGUGUUUUCUGGAAUCUACGUGUAUAAAUAGAGACAGGAUGUGACGUUUCCUCACGUGUUAUUUCAGAGGAUACUAGCCGUGUUUGUGCAACUUUGGACAAGCGAUUAGGGACUCUAUAUAAGCCAGAGAGUUAAUGUGAAAGUCAGUCGUAUGGAGUCGUGAGUGAGCCGUUACAGUCGAUACAGACGAUGUAAGACGUGUGCGGCUCUGUGGAAGAGAAAUGUGUACGACUCGAUGCAAGUUAACUAGGGUAGAGUUAACUGGAGUGGACUACUGUCGUUAAAGUCUAUACAGCGAACUACAGUGGACUUGAGCCGUUACAGUCGAUACAGUCGAUGUAAGACGUGUGCGGCUCUGAUUCGGUAGACUUGAGUGCGACUUGGUUCAGCUUUAGGAGACCUGGAGCGACACUGGGAAGUAUGUCGUUGGUCUGUUCUGUGGAAUACGGCUCGAUGCAAGUUGACAAGAGAUGAAUUGCAACGAAGUGAAGAGAUGAAUUGCAACGAAGUAUAGCUAACUGUAAACUGACAGAUAUUGUACAGUCUUCUACGCUACAUGUUACAUUGACGAAUUGUUAGGGUUAAUAGUCAUUAAAGUUAUAUGAAACUGAAAGUUGAGUCGUCAAGUUCUUUGCAGUGUUUUUAUUUGUGUGCCAACUAAUACAUCUAGCCAGAAGAUUCAGAAAUACGUAACAGUAUUUAGAUGAUCUAACGUUCUUCUUCAGCAGGACAGGACCUGGACUGGUCAACCAUGUUGGCAAGGAUGUCCCGGAACCACUUCUUCGGUUGAACCCAAGAAGUCGUUCAUGUGGUGUCCUGUUAGUUGCAGUGCAUAGUAAUGACCGGAUGGACCGUCUCAACGGUUAAAGGGCGAUUCGGAUCAAUAGAGAGAAGAAAGCAACGGGCCGGCCAUCUUGGUUGAGGGUAGCUGCAAUGGCUAUAUCAGAAGCAUCCGUCUCAACGGUUAAUGAGCGAGAGAAGAAAGCAACGGGCCGGCCAUCUUGGUUGAGGGUAGCUGCAAUGGCUAUAUCAGAAGCAUCCGUCUCAACGGUUAAAGGGCGAGAGAAGAAAGCAACGGGCCGGCCAUCUUGGUUGAGGGUAGCUGCAAUGGCUAUAUCAGAAGCAUCCGUCUCAACGGUUAAUGAGCGAGAGAAGAAAGCAACGGGCCAGCCAUCUUGGUUGAGGGUAGCUGCAAUGGCUAUAUCAGAAGCAUCCGUCUCAACGGUUAAAGGGCGAUUCGGAUCAAUAGUAUAUACGGCGGCUUUUUCAAGCUCAUUUUUCAAACUUUCAAAUGUUCUUUUGACUUCUUCAGUGACAGGAAAUUGUUGAUUUCUUGUUAACAGGCUAAUUUUUGUUGAGAAUUUAGGUAUCCACUGUGAGUAGUAAGCCAGAAGACCCACUACUCGUUUCUGUUCACGCAUGUUCACUGGUACGGGUAAUUCCCUUAGAGCGCGAAAUCUCUCAGGAUCCGGCUUAAGUUGUCCUUUGGAAAUCUCGUAUCCUAACAGUCUCACUUUAGUAGUGCUAAUUUCACUUUUUGUUUCAUUAAAAGUGAUUCCAUACUUUUGAGCACUAUCAAGAAAUCGCUGUAGGUUUCGGUCGUGUGAUUCAGAGUCCAUACCACAGAUGGUCACAUUGUCCACAUAAGCAAAAGUGUCAGUGAUCGUUCGUCUUCGAUGAUUUUGUCAAUCGUACGCUGAAAACAGGCGACUCCAUUCGUAACGCCAAACGGAAUCCGACGGAACUGAUACAGUUUCCCACAUGCUUCGAAGGCUGUGAACGGCCUUUCCUCUUCUUUUAUAGGAAUCUGAUGGUAAGCACUUUUCAGGUCUAAAAUGGUUAUGAACAUAAAGAUAAGAGAGCCGAGAACCAUGUCUGUAUAGUAUGGCUUUAAUACACUGAAUGACUUCACAACACACAUUUCGUGAACACAUUCUCACGGACGAGUUACAAGCACAUGUAAACAUAAGAACGACAACCGAUACAGAAUAUAAUUUUCAUAACAAUAUGUCUACCGUCCUUCUCCAUUCUUGUCUCCAUUCUUGUCUCUUGCCCUGGAUAGAACCUCCCUUCCGCCCAUCCAUUCAGUUAUGUUGUCUUCCUAUCGCUUUUUCUGUCUGCCUUCUUUUUCCUGGUACUGUUCCAAUAGUUUUACAUUAGUUAGCAGGUCAUCCUGGGGUCCAAUCGCGGUAGUAACCCUACCUUUAAUCUCUUCGUUUGUGAUGCGGUCUUUAGACUAGCAAGCCUACAAGAAUGUGGCAAUGACCAGAGUUUGCAUCAGUCCAAAUCUUGUGCCGAGGGGUCACCUUUGUCUAUUCAUAUUAUUUUAAGUUUUGAAAGUGCUGCUGUGGACUGUACAAUUCAGGCCAGUAGCUCAGGUUUCGUCCCCUCAUCUGAGACAAUAGCUCCGAGGUAUUUGAAACUUCUGACACUAGUCAUCUUUUCAUCCCCCAAUACUGAUGCCCCUUUUUAGGCCCUGGUUAUAAUUUAAUUUUUUUUGGCAUUCAUUUGCUUACCAUAUGUUGUUGAAGUCUCGUCUUUGAUGAAAGCUAUAGCUAAUUUAACGGUUAAGUGUAUUGUUGUCUGUCUGAAUAGACCAGAGUUUUAUCCCCGUACACAUAUACUAUUUACUGUCUAUUAUAGAAGAUAAUGUGACAAGUCUAGGCUGGUGACGUAGGAUAUAAGCUUUUUACAAAUUGUGAUAAAAUUCAAGCGAUGGCCGUACAUCGGAGGACAUCUUUGUUGUAAUCUACCUACCUAUGUGAACCAUGUCAACACCCAGACAAACCAAGCAAUGUCUGUUGGCUGAUUUAUGUAAUUACAGCGUCACAGAUAGUCUUUGAUGACAUUUAGGCAGAACACACAUCUUGUAGAUUUUUAUUAUUUUUGAUGACCAGGAUAGUGAAGUGGUCAUUCUUAAUAACUUCAGUGUAGGCCUACAGUACGUGAACGUUUAGAGAGAUAUGUGUCCUCAGAAAUGUGUCCUCAGAAAUAUGUCAUCAGAAAUGUGUCAUCUGAAAUGUGUCCUCAGAAAUGUGUCCUCAGACAUGUGUGUUAUGUGACAAGGCGAUCAAUUUUUCAAGAUGGAAGAGCGAAGAAAUCGUCUCGGGAAUAAAGGUCAAAACAAAUGAAAGAAUUAUGAACAAGCUGAGCUUUACUGUGUCACAUCUUUGUGGAGAUCCUAAACACGUAUGUAUAGGUCAGUGGGUGUACAUUAACUAGUGCUGUAUCGGCUAGGUCAGGGAUGGGCAAAUUACGACCCGCGAGCCACAUGCGGUCCGCCGAGGUGUUUUAUGCGGUCUGCCGACACAUACAGAAAUAAAAAUGCAAAUAAAAAUGCAAAUAUAAAAACAAAAAUAUCUAUAUAAAUUAUUGAAACUGUCUCAUUAUAAAAAGUUCUAAGUAAACGAAGAUUAUGCUUAUUGGCUAUACAACAAUACACUCAAUUUAAGACACAAUGUCUGAGUGUUGGGUAGGCUUGGAACAAGAUGGCAAGUGUAACAACUGAUGGAGCUCGAUUUUUGACUGAGAACCAUAAACUUGAAACAGGAAAGUUUGCACAAAGCUGCAUAUAAUUUGUACAUUAAUAUAUAGGAUAUACAGAGAAAUGAAGUAAUGAAAGUUGCUAGGGCUAGGGGAGUUAACCACGGGUAGUUCCAAUUCAUGAAUAAAUAAACCAAUGUAUCUGCUAGCUUAGCAUUGGGAAGGCAAAGGAGAACAAUAUAAAAUCUCAAGGAUUAAAUUGUGAUGUUACUCGAAGGACAUUGACUGUGACUUGGUUACCAAUAUUUCUAAUAAAAAAUGGAAGACAAAAUUUCAUGUUAUUUACAAUUGCUAUUGCAAUUGAUUGUUUACAUAUGAAAUGCAAAUACAUAUUAAAUCUUCUCAAACUAGGCUUUCCCAUUUCUACAGGCAAAUAAAAAAAAUAAUUUUCGUCAUUUUGCUUUGCUGAAAGGUGAAACUAUCGUUAGUGAAAUCACUGGUCAAUGUUGACUGACUGUAAUUUGACAGCAGUCACACACAGAGGUAACAACUAGUAAGAUAGUUUCACAGCAAGAUUUGGUGACACGAAUGUCCUGACGGUCAGAUUGUCUGGUGAUGACAUAAUCUAUGAGGUGCCAGUGUCUUGAGCGGGGAUACAUCCAGGAAGUUCGCUUUCUGAAGGCGUUCAGCAUAGACCCUGGCACCUGGGAGAGGUACAUGACAGAGCAUCAUGGCGUCGCGCUGUGAAAACUGGCGCACAGGUUGCUGAGGAAAAAAGAACAACGCAGGCAGAAGAAAAACGCCAGAAAAGAAAAGCAAGACAUCGACACUAGCUCUAGUGUGCGGCCGAACAUUCCGGGCUCACAUAGGUCUCACCAGCCACAUGAGGAGGCAUAAAACCCCAGUGCAAAGCCCUCAGCCCCCCUGGAUGACAAAGUGGUCAUCAUCGAACCACGAUGGACGAACUAUAUAUAUAUAUAUAGUUUCACAGUUAAGAAACAUUAUGCAUGAGUGUAAGAAGUAAAAUACUGCACUUUAAGUACAACUGUAUAUUUGUGGGGAUAUUCUUAUAUAAAAAGACAACAUCGAUUUUAAAAAAUCGUAAUACAGUGUAUAUAUAAAUUACAAGACAUUCUACACAGCAAGCUUAUCUUUCUAAUAUAUAUAUAUAUAUAUAUAUAUAUAUAUAUAUAUAUAUAUAUAUAUAUAUAUAUAUAUAUAUAUAUAUAUAUAUAUACAUAUAUAUAUGUGGCCCGCCAUUCCCAAACUUUUUUUAAUGCGGCCCUCGAUACAAAAAUGUUGCCCACCCCUGGGCUAGGUGCACCUUUCACCCCAUUUACUAACAUAACUUGUAAAUGUCAUGGAAGCUGUGGAGCCAAAGUCUACUGUUUUUGCUUUAAUAAUAAUAAAAUGAGGCUUGUCUUCGAGUCCUAAGAUUAAUGAGGAAUGUAGUAUUUCCCGUGGAUACGCACCCCCAGCGGUGACCUACAUAUUUUGCCACUAUCAGAGAAAGCAUAACCAUUGUCCUCCUGUGUUUGAUUAAGAUUUUCUUUUGCCGUCUAAGUCUGGCCUCAGCAGUGGAUUUUUUUUGGUCUCAAAUGUAUCUCCCUCGGCCUUUUUAAGUGACCUCCAGCUGUCUCGUUCUGAAGCCGCAUGCAACCAGGUGCUCUCUUCUAUGUCAGCUAAGGCAAGUUGGCGCCUAAGCUGGUAUUUAAAGCGUUUCCGUAUAUUACCUCUGUUACGUUGACCACAAUUUGGUUUUGACAUACGUUCGUCCCCCAAACGGGAUACGUGCCCUGCAAACAUUAUAACUAUUAUAACUAUAGAAAAUCAAAAUAUACAUUCACACUCACUCAUAAUGUAAAAUGUACAUAUAAGAUAGUUCAUUAGUAUUUAAUGAUUUGAUUGACUGGGGACCAAAGAGUUUGUGUCUGUCUUUGCUAUAUUUGCCUUGUAUUUCUUUGUGAUGGUAGAAUCACUAAAUCCUGACUAAAAGAAUGACUUUUAUUUCUAAAAAAUCUUUUUAGUUUUCGUAAGAAUGUUGUUCUCAAACAGCUGCCCAAAUGUAUUUUUUUUUGCCAAUGACCUUACUAGCAGCCAGUGGCGUCACUAGGGGGGUGCGGUACGCACCGGGUGUCACCAGUUAGGGGGUUGACACCCAAGUAAAAAAUGCACUUUGUGAAUAACUGACAAUUAAAAAAAAUAAAUAAAUAAACCACAGUGGGUAAAUAUUGGAACAUGUUCUUCACAAUUUAUAAAUAGAUCUAUUUUCUUUUUUUCUCAUUUCCGCUAAACAUAUUAUAUUUUUUUAUGAAAUUCUAUCAUAAAAUUUAAAUGAUAUACCAUACUUAAUAUAUCUUGAAAAACGUGAAGCCUUAUUUUAGGUGGAUACCAGUUGUAUAUAUUUGAUUUUAAAAUGUAUAAAUCGAAUCUAUUGAAUUUGUAGCUAGAACCGUAUUAUCAGGAUUCGAACCAAUAGUCACUGUUUAACAAAUGACGACAUUCUUCAGAUAUAAAAUACUAUUGAAAUCUCACAUUUAAUUAAUGCAAAUUUUGUAAAAUCAGAAAGUAAAUAAGUGGCCAUUGAGAUUUCUGAAGAAGAUGAUUGUAUUUCAUUUUUCUGUAAAAGAAGCUCUAGCCGAGAUGAAGGAAAUGUUACAAUGUGUGCAUCGAAUGAUAUACUUGAAUAUUUUAGGGGAUUAAUUUUUCUUUUUGGCUAGUGUCCAGAAUGGUACUGAUGCUUUCUGAUUCGGACGAUUUAUUCACUUAAUAGCAAAAAACUGUAUUCUUUUGUUAUCGACUAUUUUUAACAAAAAUUGUAUUGAAAAGAAAUAAAAAUUUGUAACUUAAUUUAAUGUGUGGUUGAAAUAUUGGAAUAUUAAAAGACAUGAAGAAUUCAUCUGGAUUGGAAAAUUAGAAAGUAGUUAUGAUUUAAGUAAAGAAGAAAAACAAUGGAAGGAGUCAGUGCACGGUCUAUUUCUAUAAAAGCACAAUGUAUGACUUUUGUGACCAUAUUAUCAACGAGUCUUUAUUGAAUAAAGAAUUCCCAUGAGAUAAUGAAAAUGUUAUGUGGAUAAAACCCAUUUCUUGAAGUACAUCUGUCAUGUUAAAAAGUUUAUAAAUGUUUUAGCAAACGACAUAAAAGUUAUUAGAGUUAGAAUGACUGCAAGCAUAUAUUUAUUUUGUUUGACAACACACCUGACAUAGCACACGCUGAUCAGAUUCAGAAGUUAUACGAUUUUAAGGGAGACAAAAAAAAAACUGAUAAUAAUAACUUAAUAUCUUAAAAUUUUUAGAAAAGGUUGAAAUAGAAUUUAUAUGUGGAGCUCAAAGAUAUGAAAAUGCAGCUUCAAUGUAUGGAACUAGGGAGGGGUGCAGGAAAUUUAUAAAGAACCAACAGAAUGGCUAUUUAAUAGAUUUUUAUACCAUUCAAUCAAUCUAUGUGUUCAACAUUCUUGUUCGAAAUUAGCUUUUGCCAAGCAUUACUUUUUAAUACGAUUAAAACACGUAUAUCAUUCUGAAAUUAUUGCCUCUAGUGGCGCAGCUUAAGAUUUUUUAUUUUACCUAGCUUUUUUUUUUCGGGUUGGAGGAAAUUUACUAGCAUGCCAAAGAUACACAAGAGUAGGCCUAUCUUGAAACUGUUGUCAAUGAGGCGACUAAUUAAACCUUUUCUUUAACAAAAAAAGCAUAACACUUGAGCGCAAAGUGUUAUAAGAAAAAAAGUGUCUUCUAAAAAAAAAAGGCACCGUGUGAUUCAAUAGAUAUAAAAAAUUAAAAACAAGAAGAAAAUGUCAGACGAGCAAUCACAAAAUGCCGGACUCACUAUUUAAAAAGAGAAAAAGUGGUUCAUUCUUUAGUGCAUUGAUCGUUUUUUAACUCUGAGCUUCAAGUCUUACUGGAAGCAAUCAUUGAUGUAACAGAUAAAUUUGGAGCGAUCCAACCGAAUCAUUCUUUAGUUCAACAACCAACGAAGUAUUGUAGAUGUCAGUUUCAAAAUAUUGGAAUAUAUGAUAAUUUCUCAAAAGGCGACAUUCAAACAGAAAUAUCACGACUGAGAAGAGAUCUAAAGGCAACAAAAGUUUUUCUUGAAGAAAAUAAAAGUUGACAGUGCAUGAUUUAUUUGCCACUAAGACCUUCAAAAAUAUCUCUAGAUCAUUUAACAAAGCCUUCAACCUUUUCUUACCAUCUGCUUAUCUAUAGCAUCAUGUGAAAAAAAGAUUAAAAUAAAAAAAAAAUUAAAUUAAGAACUUUAUGAGACAAAGGAACAAGCGAAACUUUCCCAAAAGGAGGGAGGGCGCGGGGAUGACACCCACCCUAGUGACGCCACUGCUAGCAGCAUUUAUGUUUAGGAUUGUAUGAAGUUUAUUUCUAUUUUUAAUACUCAGAUUGCCAUGCCAAGCAGUAAUAUUCAAACAUAACAUAUGCAGAUGUGAGCGUGAUAAAACAUUAAAUAAGGAAAUAUUUUCUAAGUAAUCGUAAUUUUUGCUGCUCUUUUUUGCUAUGAUCAGUAUUUGCAAUAAAAAGUAAUGUAUUGUCUAAGAUAGUAACAAGGUUUUAAAAGUCAGCGCUAUUUCAAUUUUCUCCCCAGCUACAGAAAAAUUAUCUUUUUCUUCUUUUCCUUACACAAAUCGAUUAUCAUUUUAUUUAAAUUUAUA